AUGGAGCUUUGUCAAAUUGAGCCUGGUCAAAGGUACUCCAAAAGAUUGAAUGAAGAGCAAGUAACGGCUCUUUUAAGGGCUACUUGUCAGCGUCCUCCUCAGAGAGAAAAUGAUAUUCAACAUAUUGUGAAGCAGCACCAUUUCAACACUGACAAGGUUGUGAAAGAGUUUGGCAUAAAUGUUAGGGAAGAGCUCGCAUUGGUUGAUGCCCGUGUUUUGCCUCCUCCAACGCUCAAAUAUCAUGGAAGUGGAGGUGCAUCAAAAAUUGACCCUCAGAUGGGUCAAUGGAAUAUGAUUAAUAAGAAAAUGGUCGAUGCUGGCAAGGUGCAAUUUUGGACUUGCCUUUGCUUUUCAACUAGAAUGAAUCCAACUCAAUUUUGUGCUCAGUUGGUUAAUAUGUGUCAGAGUAAGGGAAUGCUUUUCAACCCAGAUCCUCUGAUACCUAUAAACCCUGCAAAUCCAAAUCAAAUCGAAAGAGAGCUUGUUGAACUUCAAAAGAAGUGCAAGACAGCACUUGAUAGGACAAAGCAGGAGGGAAGACUGCAAUUGUUGAUCAUAAUUUUGCCUGAUUUUAAGGGUAAAUCAUAUGAUAGAAUAAAGCGUAUAUGUGAGACUGACUUGGGAAUAAUUUCCCAAUGCUGUCAACCGCGACAAGUGGUAAAGAUGAAUAAACAAUAUCUUGUUUCCCAAUGCUGUCAACCGCGACAAGUGGUAAAGAUGAAUAAACAAUAUCUUGAAAAUUUGGCGUUAAAGAUCAAUGUUAAGUCUGGAGGCCGUAACACAGUGUUAAAUGAUGCAUUUGAGAAAAGAAUUCCUCUAGUAACUGAUAUGCCAACAAUAAUAUUUGGUGCUGAUGUAACACAUCCUCAGCCGGGAGAAGACUUGAGUCCCUCUAUAGCUGCAGUUGUGGCAUCAAUGGACUGGCCUUGGGUCACAAAAUACAGAGGAAUUGUUUCUGCCCAGGUUCAUCGCGAGGAGAUAAUUCAAGAUCUCUUUAAAAUAACAGUGGAUCCUCAGAAGGGCAAUCGGCCUGCUGGAAUGAUAAGGGAGUUGCUUGUGGCUUUCUAUAAAUCAACUGGGUGUAAGCCUAAAAGGAUUAUAUUUUACAGAGAUGGAGUAAGUGAGGGCCAGUUCAGUCAGGUUUUGCUUUAUGAGAUGGAUGCGAUUCGAAAGGCUUGUAACUCAAUAGAGGAUGGCUAUCUACCUAAAGUUACUUUUGUAGUGGUCCAAAAGAGACAUCACACCCGUCUCUUUCCUGUCAACAAAGGAGAGACAGAUAGAAGUGGAAAUAUUAUGCCAGGAACCGUGGUGGACACAAGCAUUUGCCACCCUAGGGAAUUUGAUUUUUACCUUAACAGCCAUGCUGGAAUUCAGGGGACUAGUCGACCAACACAUUAUCAUGUGCUGUAUGAUGAAAAUAAAUUCACUUCAGAUCAGCUUCAGAGUUUGACUAAUAACUUAUGCUACACUUAUGCGAGGUGUACUCGAUCUGUCUCAAUAGUUCCUCCUGCUUAUUAUGCACACUUGCUAGCUUUCCGCGCUCGAUACUACAUAAGUGAAGUCGAAAAUUCUGAUUCCGGUUCUGCAAGUGGUAAUAGGAGUACCACCAACUUUGUGUCGACUCUACUACCGUCUAUCUUGGAUAACAUCAAAGAAGUAAUGUUUUACUGUUGA